CACCUCAGAUCCAGGACGUCCUUCCUCUUCCUCCUCCUCUUCCUCCAGAGACAUGUGUUCCACUCCGUUGGCCCUCCUGCUGGUUCUCAGCACGGCCUCCUGCUUCGAGCUGCUGCCCGAAGAAGCUGCUCCUCGUCGGGCACGAUUCUCCUCCAACACCCCCACUGAUGUGGCCAGAUGUCUGAACGGAGCUGUGACGGUGGGAUGCGGAUUCUUCUCCUGCCUCGAAAACUCAACCUGCGACACCGACGGGAUGCACGAGAUCUGUGAACUGUUCCUCCAAUCAGCUUCCUCCUUCAACACCGAGGGUAAGGCCUUCGUGAAGAAGAGUCUGCACUGCAUCACUCAGGGAAUUUCAACGAAGAUUUUCCAAACGAUCCGACGCUGCAACAUCUUCCAGAGGAUGAUCGCAGAGGUGCAGGAGGAUUGUUUUAGCAGUUUGGAUAUCUGCACUGUGGCGAGAACAAACCCUGAUGCUAUCGGAGAGGUGGUGCAGGUUCCUACUCACUUCCCCAACAGAUAUUACAGCACUCUCCUCCAGACGCUUCAGUCAUGUGACGAGCAGACGGUUUCGGCGGUGAGGGCGGGGCUUAUUUCUCGUUUGGGUCCCGACAUGGAGACUUUCCUGCAGCUUCUUCAGAACCAACCGUGUUCUGCAGAUUCUGCCGGAGCCUCGGCUUUCAACAACCCGUCCAGCUGGAGGAACACACCUGUGUUCAACAUCCAGCCGAGGCACGGAGAUCGCGACCUCACUCACCUGUUCGCUAGGAAGAGGUCUGUGGACGACAUGGAGGGGGGCGUCAACGCAGAGCAGUAGAUAACACACACAUUAACACACAUUAACACACGCUUUUAUGCACAUUAGGGCUGGGUGAUAUCGUGGAAAAAGCAAGAUUUUGGGACCAAAUACCUCGAAAUUGUGACAAAAUUCAAUAUAUUGUGAAAGCUGGAAUGAUUUGUUUUCUAAAUAAUCAUCAGUAAUGUGCAUUUAAUCAGUUAUGCAGUGUAAUAGAGUACAUUUACGCAAGUACAUUAACACACACACACGCACACGCACACACACACACACACACAGACACACACACACACACACACACACACACACACACACACGCUGUUAUGCACAUUAGGGCUGGGUGAUAGUGUGAAGAAUACCAAAAACCUUGAAAAAGUAUUGUACUUUUUGAGGUGGUUUAUACUACUUAAGUAAGUUAUACACACACACACACACACACACACACACACACACACACACGCUUAAAUGGGUGAUAUGCAGAAAAAUAUCAGACCAAAUACCUCAAAAUUGUGACAAAAUUCAAUAUAUUGUGCACGCUGCAAUGAUUUUUUUGCUAAAUAAUCAUCAGUAAUGUGGAAUAAAGUACAUUUACUCAAGUAUUGUACUUUUUUUUAGGUACUUUAUACUGUGGAAAAAUCAAAAAACAAACAUUUAAUGCAGCCUUAAAUUCAGAUAAACGACAUUUACUCUUGUAUUUAUAAAAUAUGAAUAUCGCCCGGCCCUAACUCACGCUGAUACCUUUGUGAACAUGCAGAUUAAUGAUCACCUGUUGCAGCUUUAGUUGGGGAUCUGGGGGAAACACUUGCUAUUAAAAUCGUAUUAUUCUUAUUCUCAUCUGGUGUAAUUGACUAGCUGACAUCUCAAAGGGGAAGAUUACAGAGGUUAUAAUUGAUAUUUAUUUUGUUGAACAGGUUAAUUUAUAUUUAAAGUAGAGAGAGGGGCUUCGUGCUGGCCGUGGAGCUUCUGGUCUGAGAGCGUUUCAUUAUUAGUUAAAGCUGUAUUUGAACGUGUCUGUGAACCUGAGAAUAAAUGAUGUUAUGAUUCA